AUGGCGACUAGCCAAGUACCAAGCCGAAUUCAGACUAACGCAUCUCCACCUCACCAAUCGUCAGGGCCACCCCCGGUCACUACCAUCUCGGCUCCGGCCUUAGCCUGGCAAUUGGCAAACAUCUCCCCCGUCGUCCUAUCCCAAAGUGUUCCAGUGGGCUCUUCCAUUUACUCCAAUCUUCCAGCAUCCAUUUGGGCGGUCCUAUUCAUUAAUUCUGGCCGUUACCCCCAAACUUUGGUGCACGUCCCCUGCAAGAAUCGACUUUCUCCCAUCCAAUUUGUCCCAACCGGAACUUUCACCACCGUCGCCGAGGUUUUUCCCGUCCCGAAUACCAACCCAACUGAAGUAGAUCUCUUUUACACUGCUACCUUGUUUGAAUACACCCUCGAGUUUCACCGAUUGUCUUCCCAGCAGCGCGUCGCUGUCCACAGCCACCACUUGACGGGGUCGAGCUCGUUGCUUUGCUAUACAUAUCUACUCACUCGCCCUACCUUGACCUCGGUCACGACGAAACCCGCCGAUGAACUUCGCCCUACGAGAUAUAUGAGGCGCGCCUUCCCGAGACCUGCGCCGUCGCGUCUGCCGUUGUGUCGAAUAUUGCUGUUCGCCGAAACGGGACGAGACCUCAAAGUGCAAGAACGGUCGCUCUUUCCCCUAGGUAUCGACGCAGAACCUGCUUCCGACUUCGACUCUGACUUUUCCUCGUUAAUCAGAAUGGCCGACUCCAGUCUCGCUCAAGAUUCCCCUUCGCUCCCGCCGCGCUCCCGCCGCAAACCCCGUAAACGACCGCCCAAAAACAAAAUGUCACCUCACAGGGCCCAGCAAGAUAUAGCUGGAGGGCCCCUCUCAGGAGCGCAGGUCGCCCGCUCGAAUGAAACUGUCAACUUUCUGCUGGGAAAUCGUCGUCCAGCAUGGAUGACCUCGCAAAAUGAACCAGCAUCUCGCGGCCCCCAUACGAAUAAGGGACCGACGUCAAGAAAUCGCCAGGGUGUUUAUGGUGUCCCGAUAGUCCCAACCCAAGCGCCCCGGGAAGAGUCCUCGACAAACGCUUCGAAUCCCCCCUCUGUGCUAGGAACUGUCGUGCCGUCUGCUUUCCGACUUCGACCGAAUAAAAACCUACAAGACAAGUCGACGGCUGCGCUUGAAUCCAACCAACUCAUAACGUACUCCCCCUACCCUAUUUCAUCUUCUGGAAUCCCGCAGUCUUUCCCCUCGCCCACAACGCCACAACCGUCUCUAACGUUUUCCUUCGACAGUGAUUGCGCAGCCGCUCUUCCCUCUCCGGCACCAACUGACCAACCUAGUCCGCCCACAGUCACCUCAAACCAGACCUCGCAUCAAACCCGGGAGACUUGCCUUCAAAGUCCAGAGCUCGGGCUUGAUUUUGCAGCCAACAACUCAAACGCAACAACGGCUUGGACUGGCGAGGCCCGCGCCCAGGAAACACCAGCAAAUGUGUUUGCGCAAAAUUUCUCGGGAGCUGGCCCUGGAAGAGCUGUUCCAGAUCUGAGCAAUCCGACUCCUUUAUCAACAAAUCUUCAUACCACCUCAAGAUUCUCCCUCGUCGAAUCCAGUGAGCAUCCAGCGCUGUUGACACCCUCAGUUGCGCUUCCUGGAAACCCACCAAACUCGUUCUCGGUGUCACUCCCUCUGGUUCCCGGCUCUCAAGCCGCGCCUAGCCCUACGCUCAAUAUAUCAUCUCGACCAUCAUCCGGCCAGAAUCCUAGACCGCCAGCGGUUCCAAGUCCGCUUAUUGCUGGUCACCACACGCCACAGCCUCCUGGCGAAAGGCAAGAUGCCUAUUCCCAUGCAGUACAGCCCGCAGGAACUAGCCGGGACUCGCUAGAUAGCUUCCUUCAAGUCGUCAUGGCCAAGAACCUCGACAGCUACAUAUCCGAUCGCGGCGGCAUGGCCAAACUUCCAGAAGAUGGCACCACGGCACCCAGAGUACGGCUUCUCAAAGACGCCAUUGAGAAGUCUGAUUACUUCUACAUAGUCCUUCACCAAAUCCUUUGUUUAUGGACGCUUGACACAAAAGCCGCACAGGACCUCCUUGGUCUUCCUCCUGACGUGACGGACAGCGCACUCGGCAUUGUACAAAAUGUCCUUCGGAAGAACGAAAAUAUGGGCCAGGACACGAUUUUCUUCUUCGCAAACUUUCCAGCUAGUAGUGCCUCUGGACUUUGGCAUACUGAAGCCUACCGCAACCACACUGGGGACAUUUCCAGAUUCCUAAACAAUCUCCACGAACAGUGGAAUAGGAUUUUGGUUCCUGCCAUGCGACCUCACUCAGGUCGAGGCUAUCCUAUCUUGGCAGACGAACUGCGCUAUCAGCUCAAACUUCGGUCUCCGAUUCUAGAGACUAUUUUCUUCACCGUCACUAGGAGACAUACUGGUGUCCCAGACGGGCUCAUCGCCGAUCAGAUGACUGCGCUAUUCCGACAAGAUUCUCAGAACGACCAAACACAGAUGUCCGAACAGGAGCAAAGGGUGUUCCAACACUCGCUAAUAUCGCGAUACAAGAUCUUGGUCAGUCAAAGUCAACAGCAGCAGCAACAACAACGGCAGCAACAACAACGGCAGCAACAACAUCAAAAACGGCGAGUAGCACAUCAGCAGCAGCAACACCCUCAGCGGCAGCAGCACCCUCAGCAGCAGCAGCACCCUCAGCAGCCCCCUCAACAACAGCACCAUCAGCAACAGCCGCAUCAACACCAGCAAGCUCACCUUCAACAGCAACAGGACUACGCCGUAGCAGCCGCCAUAGCACAGCAGCAAACCGCAAUCGGCAAUCUUACUAGGAUGUCUACCAACUUCUCCCCAGCACAAGCCAAUGCGCCAACACCGAUACAAAAUUCUCCAACUCAAGGGUUUGACGUGUUUCCAUCCCCAACGGCUGAAAAUAUGGCCGGGAUGCCAAAUUCCUUUAACCAACGCGCCGGACCAGUACCGUCACAGUUGAGGCUGCUCAGUCAACCCCUGACGAACCAGCCCCUGACCCCAACAGGCUCGCCUCACUACCCCAGCAUGCAGUUGCCACAUGUGGCACAUACUCCAGGGCAGAUAUCUCCAGUUCUCCGAGCACCUCCAGGGGGGCUAUCAAUGUCUAUGCCAGGCCUGACAUCGCCUACACAGGCUGUCACCCCUAGAGCCCCCUCACUUCAUCCGCCUGGGGUGUUUCAUGAUCCCGCACAUUAUCAGGCUCAACCCCAUAAUCUAGGUUAUCAGCUCCUCCAGCAAGCUCGCGAUGCGGAACAAAGGCGUGCCAGGUCUCGGCAACUGGAUACUGCCCAGGGCCAAACCCAGGCUAUGACGCAGCUGCAAGCUACGAACGUGGCCCCCCCUAGAAUUCAACUCCAUCACCACCACCAUCACUCCUCUCCGCGGCCCCAAGGAAUACAGCAGGGGCCGUCACGUGGAGCGGCUGUGCGGACACCAGUAAUGCAGCAGCAGUCUUCGCCUCAAAGUGUCGUUUCUAUUUCGCAUGCGAGCCCAAGAGGGUUGGGAAUCACUCAGGGAGCCCCGAGUACGCAACCAACGAGGCCUCCUUCGGCUAGCUCUAGGCCCACUCGUGACGCAGCAGGACGGCUCAUAGGCAACCUUUUCCGACCACCCAACGUGUCGAUUCCGCUAGAUCGUAUACCUCAUACACCUUGGGAACCAAAGGCUGUGGGAAUCGCACUUCACCAAGUCCAACUUCGGAGUCCGAGAAGAGUGCCACGAGAGUUACCCAGUGCGGGAGACCAGUCAAAACCAGUGAGGUUUUAUCAGUCCAUCAAAGAGCUUGCUCUAGGUCCGAUCGCAACACCAGCCAAGAACUGCGUGCACCGCCUCGCCUUUGUGGUGCCCGACGAGCACUGCAACAAGCUCUGCCCAAUGAGCAAUUUGGUUGGCGACUGUGUUCCAGUCUCGGAGUACUUUGAGGGGUCUCUUCGAUACCGUCUUCGUCUCUGCGAGUCCCCAGUCAACCCGGCCGAACCGGCAACCAUCUCAGAAUCUGUCUGGGCAGUAGCGCAAUCCUACUGGCCUGAACAUAUUGCUAUCAUGGUCAAUGACAAUGUCGUUGCGGUCCGUCGAAAGCAGCAUAAUGGGCAGCACCUGCCUGUGGAACUCACUCCAUACAUACUGGCUGGCACAAAUUCAAUAUCUGUCAGCAUCAGCCCCAUGCCCGCGGCUCAAAAGCCAAACAUGAUGUACUUUAUGGCUGUUGAGGUGGUUGAGACGCUGAGUCAUGACAGCAUUGUCAAUAUGGUUUUGAGCCAGGGCACAAUCUCGGCGGACACGACAAAGCAAGUUAUCCAGAGCCGCCUGGAACCAGUGUCUUCUGAUGGGGACGAUGAGCUGGUUGUGGUUGAUAGCGAUCUCAGCAUUGAUUUGGCCGACCCUUUUAGCGCCACGAUAUUCCAGAUUCCAGCACGCGGUGUUAGCUGCACGCACAUGGAGUGCUUUGAUCUGAUCAACUGGCUACAAACCCGACCGGCCAAGCCCAGGUGUACCGCGCACGGGGCUGGCGAUGCAUGCCGCGUCUGCAAUCGCGGCAUCGAAGGGAGACCUGAGCCUUCUUUGGUUGACAAGUGGAAGUGCCCUCUUUGCGACGGGGAUGCUCGCCCGUAUAGUCUUCGAGUUGAUAAGUUUAUGGAAGACGUUCGCAAGAGCCUCGAGGCUGAGGGCAAACUUAAUACGAAGACCAUUUAUGUUAGGGCUGACGGAACGUGGAAAGCCAAGGAAGAGGAGGCUGAUGACGACGAGGAAGAUGAUGCAGAAAACGGGCAGCCGCCAGCCAAACGGGCCAAGACACGGCCGUCGAUACCGGAGCCAGAGAUCAUUGAGCUAGACUGA